AUGCCUGUCCUCUCGCUCGGCCUGCUGGUCUCUGCUGGCUUCCGCGCCCAGAGCAAGUCGGGCGGAGCUGGCGAGGUGCUUCCAGCCGAUGGCCAUGCUGGGCUACCGCGCCCACUCCCGCGGCCGCUGCGCUCGCUAAGCGCGGUUCUCCGGGUAGGGGAGGACGAGAUGGCGCGCAUAGCUGCCGCGCACCCGCCGAUGCAGUCGAGCUACACCGAUGACGAGCCACUGCGCCCGGCGCUCAAGACGCUGACCAAGACGCUCCCGCCUCUGGCGAGCCUGCUCGCCGCCGACGGAUGCGAGGCGGCGUGUGUGGCGGUUGGCAGAAUGCUCCGCGCGUAUCCACCUCUGCUUGAUGCAGCGGCAGCACCAGAGGCGGCACAUGCAGUGGAAAGCAACUACGCCGUCCUCGCGCGGCUGUACAACGAGGUGCUGAGGCGAGAGUCGGCGACACUCGACGCUGAUCUGCUCGCCAAGCCGCGGGUACUCUUCCUGCCGCCGGACAGGCUGGCAUCGACAGCAAGCGCGCUGAGUGCGGUUGUGGCCGAUGCCGAUGCUGGUGUUGUGCGCGAGACGCUCGCCCUCCCACGUUCACACUAUCGGCCGGUCCACGAGAGUGGCGAGGUGCUGCGAGCGAGCUUUGCGCUCGAGUGGCUCGUCCGCAAGCGCGGCGGGCUCGGCUACUCUGACUUUGCCACCAUCGGUCUGCCCAAGACUCCAUCGGCGCUGCGCAAGCACCGUCGGCGGUCGUGGCGCAAGCUGCGGCUCGAUGCGGCUACAGGGCGGGCCGCUGACCCGGCGCGGACCGCGCGUGCGCUCUCGGCCAAGGUUGUCGAUUCUGCCGCCCACGCCAACCGCCGAAUCCAGAUGCGCAAGCGGAAGCGGAAGAGAAAGACGAAGCGUCUAGACUGCCAAGCAUAG